AUGCCAGGACACGAGCUGCAAGAAGUUAUAAACCAACGUUUGAAUCUUUACGACAUACUAGAAUUGCCCACCCCCCUGGAAGCUGAUACCAUCCAUGAUGAUUUGCCCCAGAUCAAACGCAAGUACAGGUCUCUCGCCUUGAAGUACCAUCCAGACAAGCACCCCAACGACCCAUCGAUUAUACACAAGUUCCAUUUGCUAUCGACGGCAACCAAUAUUCUCACGAAUACAGACGUGAGGCCUCAUUAUGACCGCUGGCUAAUUGACUUCCUACGUAAGACAACUGAUGAGGAAAGAAACAAACUCAUACAAAAGCUGGAACAAUCUGAGUCUGGUACGGCAACUACCACCUCACCACAUGUCGAUAUAUCGCAAAUUCAACGCCAUGGCGAACUGCUCAGAAAACUAAAGUAUUUCAACAUGUCUUACGGUGACUGGAAACAUCUGGACAAACAAGUUCAAGAAAAUGUUUCGCACCAUCCCUACUACGAUUGCUCUACUUUGAGAAUAGUCCUUGACAACUUCCCGCAAUCAAAUACUAAACUAGGCUGCCUGGCUCAUUUAGAGAAACGUGUUUUUAUCAUGCUCAGCGCCAAAGAAAUCUACGACAUCUACUUCUCGGAAAGAAACGACUACUCCAAGGACGCUUCCAUAAUAAUAUACACUGUAUUUAAUACCCCCAUCACGGCGCAACAUGUAUAUAGAAGCUGGUCAAGUGGGAACGUCAUUCCCACGGUCCAUGAUAUUUCGCCGUUGAUUCCGCUACAUUACUACUCGGAUUUUAACUUGGAAACAGAACUGAACGAUGAUAUUACAAAACUAGUCUCUAAUGAACCCAUUUUGCUCGACUAG